GAAGCAUUCACUGCACAAACUAGCAAUAAUAUUCAGUGUAGGUAACGUUUAUCAAUCUGAUUUCCUCAAAAUUUCCUUGCUUUUUGCUCAAAAGAAAAGUCUAGUGUAUUUGUUUGGUCUUUGCUACAACAGAAAAUACAGUUUCAAUUCUUAUCAUUUGGUCGUGCUUGUUUCAUUUGAUUUUCACCACAUUACUAUAAAUCACACCUUUUAAAAUAAAUCGAAAUCAAUAAAGGAACCUGAGCAUCUUUGAUGUAGUAUUUCCUAUUCUUAUUUAUUAGAUUAAAACUGGCAUAAAGGUUAACAAAGGUGAUAGUUUCUGCAUGUUUUUCAGUUUUAGGUGUAAAUAUAGUGAAUAACAUCUGUUGAAGUCAGUGCUUUUUUGAUGUUUUUCCAGUUGUCCUCCUCAGCAGUUUCUUCUGUGAGUAAAUCUUAUAAGGCUUGGAACCUGUUGUUGAGAGCUAUCUUGAAUUCGUUCAGUUUGUGAGCAUCUUGAAGGAAGGUUGUAUUGAACCUUUGUAAUGCUGUUUUCCCAGUAGUCAUUUCUUGAUAGUGUAUGUUGGAAUGUGCUUUCGCUCUUCUUAGUAAAGUUUCAUAUUCAGUCCGUCUUGUGUGCUGCUGGGUUUUUAGUAUGUUAUAUAAAAAUUUGAUCAGUAUAGAAUGACUUCUCAUUCACUUGAUUCUCUAGCUUUCCAGUGGCAGUUCCGGGGAACAACUCAUCUAAUAGUUGAUAGCUUGCUGUUUAUUUCCCUUUUCUUUGUUAACCUUAUAUCACAAAAAUCGUUUCUGAUAAUAUCGUAGGUGCUUACCACUCCGUACUUCUUGAUGAUAAUGAAUGUGUUUUCCAUACAACACAUUUUGGGUUUGAUCACUGGUUAUUUGAAAGCUUAUCCCUCGUUCGUAUAUGUGAAUUUCUCUGGGAUUAGUUGUUUUAACUGUUGAAUUGGAUAUCAAGAUUUCUUAUUCUAGUUGUAUUGAUUUUAACCUAUUGAGAAGGUCUGGUUGAUUAUCAAUAACUACCUUAAUACACACUUGACACAUGCUCUUGGGAGAUGGACUAUACUUGAAAGUCGUCAUUUUAUAUUAUUGCAACUACAUCCUUGAUUCUAGUAACCUUCGUGGCAUAGAUGUUAGGCUUUUAGAUUUAAAUUAUCAAUGUAUCAAAUACAUUUAAAUUUUGGGGUUGCUACAUAUUGUAACUAUUUAAUUACGCAUCAGGAAACAAAUAUUCCACCUGUUUUAUAUUCAUUCGAACUGAACAAUUAUGAAUGCUAACUGUAUGUACUGAAACAGAAACACUGAAGUUCGUAGUACAUUUUCCUUUUUAUCUAUCCUUUAACAAUUUGAGAGACAAAUAAACUGAAAUUCUUGCAUUCAGUAUCUGCUGGAUGAAAGAAUAGUUGUAUCAGCUUUGGUAGAAAACCUUAAUGACUUCAAUAUACAUAGGAGAUACUGAUUAUGGGAAGGAUUUUUAAAAUUUACUUUGAAUAAUUACAAUUGAAUGUAUGUUAAACAGUUAUUUGUUGAAACAACGGGCGCUGAGAAUCCUUUACUUUAUUGUAUUUUGAAGUUGACUACAUACAAUUCAACCUAUUGUCUCCGUUUCUUAUUGGAUAUAAAUUUCUUUAAAUUAAUUAUAAUGAUGUAAAAAUGUGAAAACUAGUGAGUUAUGUAACACAAUUGGUUAUUAUAUGACUUAAUGAGACAAAACAAAAGAAAACAUUUUCAAUCAAGGUCUACAUUAUUUAAAAUUAGUCUAACUUUUACAUAAUUUAAAAUUUAGUAUAAUACGAUAAACAAAAUAAUUAGGUUAAUCUCAUCAUAUUCCUUUAUUGUUGUAAAUUUAACUUUAAAAUUUCGCAGAAUAAUCUUUAUCUGGAUAGAAAGUUUAUGUUUAUUCCUUAAGUGCGCAUUAGUUUGACCUUGACACGAUUCAUCAAUCAAUGGAAUAGUAGUGGAAUGACCAAUCAUACAGUUAGUAAACGAUGUUGUUAUGGUUACAAUAGGAGUAUAUAAAAUGUAUUCCUCAAAGAGAUUUUCAAAAAUCAUAUUAAAAUUUACGCGUGACUAUAUCCUUCUCGUAUAAUAAAUAUUAAGUGAUUAAAUCAGCAAUAAGUAACAUUAUUUGAAAGCUUUCUAAUCUGUGAAGAAAAUACACAUAUAAUAAAAACCAUCAGAUUCAAAAAUGAUUUCAACACCAUCGUCUACAAUUAAUCCAAAUCAUGAGGACAAGUUGAAAUUAUUAAAUGCUUGUCGUCAAGGUGAUUUAGACUAUUUAGGUAAAUUUAUUGUUGAUGGAGGAAAUCUCCGAAAUGUAAUCGAUAAUCAAACUGGACAAACUACAUUACAUUAUUGUGUUAAAUUUGGAGAAGAGAAAAUUGCUAAUGAAAAAGAUGAUAAAAAGCCGAAUGGAAAUGACAUUCAGAUAUUUCAACGACAAUUGAAUAGAUUAAAAUGUACACGAGUCAUAAUUAAAUCAAAUCCGGAAUUUUUAACUUACUAUGAUCAUAAUGGAUUUACUCCGAUACAUUUAGCAGUUAUUCAUGGUGAUAUAGAUUUUUUAAAAGUAUUAAAUGAAUUUAAUAAUGUAGAUAUGAAAAUUAAGACAAAAGCAAGAUCAAUAAUGUCGUCUUCAUCAUCAACAAGUCAUAGUGAUUCAAGUGAAAUAAAUAAUACUGGUCGGACAAUUAUACAUCUAUGUGUUAUUUACUCACAAUUAGAUGUUUUAAAUUAUCUUUUAACUAACAGUAAUAAUCAUAAUUCUAUAAAAGAAAUUGUAAAUGAAUAUGAUGAUCAAGGUGCCACAGCUUUACAUUAUUCUGUUCAAGUGAAUGCUGAACAAAUCGAUGAACUGUUUGAAUUAUUAAUCAAUAUCGGUGGAGCAAAUUUAAAUGCACCGGAUACACAUGGUCGUACACCAAUUAUAUGGGCAGCUACAGUUGGUUCUGCGCAUGCUGUAGAAGUAUUACUUAAAUUAGGUGCUAAUUUAAGUCAUAAAGAUUCACAUGGUUUGACUGCAUUACACUGUGCUGCAUCUAGAGGUAAUUUACAAACAGUUCAAACUAUCUUGAAUUGGAUAACAAUUGCAAACAAAGAUGAUGAGAGUAAAAUUGCCCUGCUUCGUGAUGUAAAUGAUAAUGAUGGAUGUAGUCCAUUGUUUUAUUCUGUUGCAACUGGUCAUAUUCAUGUGACUGAAUGCUUUAUUAAAGCUGGAGCCGAUGUUAUGCAUACAGAUUUUAAAGGUCGUACUGUGUGUCAUUGUUUAGCUAGAUUAAAUUCAUUGUCCAAUGGGAUUAAAUUUGACAGUCUUAUCAAAACUCAAUUGACCUGUUUAGUUGAGGCUGGUUUAAAUCCAUGGCUUGCAAAUAAAACUGGUUUAACAGCUUUACAUGAAGCAUGUUUACUAAGAAAUGUAUCUUUUAUUAAACAGUUAGCUAAUUUACCAGGUUUUAAUACGGUUGUAAAUGCAACGGAAUCUCAAGGUCAUACCCCAUUGCACUUAGUUGUAGCAGCUUCAUGGAGUACUGAACCAUCUGGUAUUAGAUUGUGUCAUUAUCUGUUAGAACAUGAAGCCGAUGUGAAUGCUGUCACUCGUCUACCGAAUGAUGAAUAUGUUACCCCAUUAAAUCUUGCUUACUUAAAUGAAACUAAUGAUGAAACAUCGAAAAAUUUACUCAUUAAUCUAAUAAAACAAUAUGGUGGUCGGACAUAUCAGGAACUAUCAAAUGAAGGAAAAGUUAGCAUUGAUAAGUUUCAAAGUAGCGGUAAUGAUAAUACCAAAAUCGAUAUUCGCACCAAUGGUAACCAUAAUGAUGUUAAUGAAGAGAAAAUGUCAGCAUCUGGUGUUUUCAAUCCAGAAAAUGAAUUAAAGCCAAUUGGUAAAACAGAUAUUUCAAGUUCCAUGGUUGUUGAAACAAUAGUGGGAGAAAAACCACAGAUGAUUGAUUCAUCCACUGAACCAAUAAGCGAAUUUAUUGUGUCCCUAACAUUGAAGGAUUCAAGUGUACAAACAUGUCUGGAUAGGAGAAGGCGAAAAAAGCUGUCAACACAAUCUUUACCCUUAUUGUCUUCUGAAGAACCAAUGCAUGAAACUAUUAGCACAGCACAUAAUCGACAUGUAACGGAUAAAUCCUUGAAUGAAUCACUUAGCGUCACCUCAACUGGAAGCUCUUCAUCCAUUACUUUAAAGAAUGGAAGUGAAAGAAACGGCUCAAGUAAUCAUGAUAAUGGACAAAAUACAAAUACUUCAAUACAGCUCAUAGUCCGAGUACCAACUCCAACAGAUUUAAAAUUACGAAAUGAUAAGUCUAGUGAAAGUAGGACUAUGGGAACUGAAAAGAAAAAUGUUCCAAUCACUUUGAUCUCAACAGUUAAAAAUAAUAUUAAUGUACAAAAUGACAAUUGCCAUCACUUUACGUCAUCUGGGGUAGAUGAUAAAACUCCGAAAAAUUCUAAACAUUUACCAUAUUCACAAAUCUACUUAGAAAAAGAACUACCUUUAGCAUUGAAACGAUAUUUGGAAAAAGAGAAUUUUAAUUAUUCACCCUUAACAGGACGUUCUCGUUUGCCCAAACCAAGUAUAUCACCCUAUCUACAACCAGUUGUACCCGGUCUACCUUUAUAUGAAGAAAAUGCUGCAAUGUCUAGAAAGAACAAUCACAAUAAACAUAUUUCCAGAAAACAGGCUCAGUCAGCCGGUGUAUAUAACAAUAAUCUAUCCUAUUCAAAUAAUCAACAGAACAAAUCGAUCUCUAAAAUGAAUACUAACAUAAUUCAUCGCAAGCGGUUUAGUUCGUCGGCAUCCGCAUCAAAUUCUUCUACUAUGGAUGUUUCUAUUCCUGGAAGUUAUCAUACAAAUAAAAUAAUACAAAAAAAUAUAAAAUAUCCACAAGUGCGUUCACAAUCAUCAAGAAAUUUACAUGUACCCUCAAACGACAAUCAUGAAAUACAACAAAGUGUAGCAGAUUAUGAGUUUUAUCGUUUCCUUAACCAGUUAUUAAAACAAAAUUGUCCAAUAACACAAAGAAAAAAGAAAAGAGCCACAACACCAACAACAAAAACAAUGAGUUCUAAGAAUAAACAAUCAAUUGAUGCAUAUGAUGAUCGACAUUCCGCUAUGGGAGGUGAACUAACACCUAUUAAUAAUCAUAGAAGUGAACCAAAUGUAGACACUGAAACACAAGCUUUUAGUAGCAAGAAAUCAACUAGUAAACAGUUAAACAUAAAAUGAAACACAGCAGACAGUAUGAUAAAAAUUAACACCGACAGUUAACCUUGACAACAUAAAAUUCCGUCAUUUAAUUAAUAAAGAAUAGAACAUUAAGUUCGUUAUGGAAAAACAAUAUGUUUCAUAACUGAGAUAUUACAUUACACUCGAACAGAUGGAUAGAUGAAUAGAUAUUGUGUUACAUGAAUGUUAUCAUUAUAUAUCUAUGUAAAACUACCUUUCUUAAUUUCAGCAAUUCAUUCUUGAAUAAUGAAAUUCCUUGUACCUUUUUUGUUGUUGUUCGGAACUAACUCAUAUGAAUGACGUAAAACAUUUCGAAAUAUUUAUAUCGAUUACUUUUUUUUACUUUUCUAAGUGUUUACAUUUGGAAGUUGUAUACAAAAUUCAAUUUUAAUUGGACCAUUAUUACUAUUAUCAUUAUUUAUUGAGAAACUUGAAUUGGUAUGUUAUUUUACUUAUGUUAUACUAUUGAAUGUUUAUCAUUUGAAUUUAUUACGUCUAUUAAGAAGUUAUUGUUUGUAUUAUGGUUCGAAUGAUAGUUUUUCCCUGCAUAGAACUCGAUAAUUUUUUUUCUUCAUGUUUAUAAUCUUAUGAAUUAGUAGUUGCUUAGUUCAGUAGUAAUUGCAACUUAGUUAAGAAGAGUAAUAUUUUAUGAAUGAAUUUUUCUUUUAAAGAAACAGUAGUUUGUUAAAUAAAUUAUUUUGUGAUUAGGUAGAG